AUGGACCGCCUCAGCGAAGAGGGCGCCACUAAAGAGCGCGCCGCCGCCGCCGCCGCUGUCACCGCGUCCAACAACGUCUUCGUCGUUCUUUCCCCAAAGUGCGAGCAGCCCGCGCCGCCGCCGGCGCCCCCUACCAAACCCGCCGCCGAAGACGACGACGGAACGGUUGCCGCGGGAACCCGGCCGAAGCAUCAUCAUCAACAGCAGCAGCAGCAUCCGGCGGCGGAGACGGGGGUCGCCGCGGCGACGAAUGACAAGGCUUCCUCUUCUUCGCGCGGUGGCGGCGGCAAGGACGGGAAAGAGCGGAAGCACCGUCACCACCGGGCGUCCGGUCACGGGGUCACCGAAAGGUCGUCAUCCUCCGCCGGUCGCCGGCACGCGCGCCGCCGCCAGGAGCGCGUCGCCGCUACGACGGCCGCCGCCGACGAGACGAGCACGUCGCCGCACGAGGGUGGCGCCCCCUCGCGGGAGCGCGCGGCGAACAACGAUCGGUCGGCGGCGCGGAAGCAGCGCCGGAAGGAACGACACGCGGGCGGCGAGCGGGAGAGCUCCGGGGGGAAGGCGCGGCGGCGCGACGCGGCCGGGAGGGCUGCGGCGACGGAGAGCGGCAAGGGGAAGACCUCCGGGCGCGAGACCGCCGAAACGGAGGCGAAGAGCCGGCGCCCCCUGGCGAUGGACGCGGCGGAGGCGGCGCGGCGUGACGCGAAGAUCGGCUCGCCGGAGAACUGGGCACGAGGGGGCGCCGCCGUGCACCACAAGGGCCGCGAGGCGCAGCAGCGACCCCUGGCGGCGCGGCGGGCGACGUCGUCCAGCAGCGAGGACUGCACGCUACGCUCCGGCGGCGGGAAGGGAGGAUCGCCUGUGCGCGGACGCGCUCGCUGCGGCGGCGACCUCUAUGCGGACCUUCGCGCGGCGAGCCUGAUCAACGCGCGCCGCAAGGGGUCGAGCUCGCGCUCCCUCGACCACCACAACCUGCUGCUGUCGCCCGUCUCCGUCACCGACGUCUUCUGGCCGACGCCCGACGGCACGCCCGUCACCGACACGCCCCCCGGCGGCGUCGACGCGUUGCGGCCCGUGCCGCUGUCGCCGGAGGAGGAGGGGGAGGGUUGCGACGCGAACGUGUGGAAGGAGGAGGGCAGCGUCAGCAGUGCUAUUCUCUACAGCGGUAGCGCCAUCUACAGUGGUGCUAUCUCCUACAGUGGCGCCCUCCAACGUGGUGGUGCCGUCUACAGUGGCACCAUCUACAGUGGUGCCGUCUACGGUGGCGCCAUCUACAGCGGUGCCCCGUAA